AUGAACGUUAACGGUAAAACUACCGGUGAUGCCACCUUGUUGCAGAAGCCCGCGUACCGCAAACCGCUGGGCAAACUGUGUCAGAGGCUAGAGGAAGUGAAAUGUUCCUGGAGGCAGAGCUCCGCGCUGGAGCUCAGUCACAGCGAAGCGGCCAGACUGGCCACGGACGCGCUGCUGGAGUCCGGAGUCCCGGGUUACCAGCGAACGCUGGCUGCCGAGAGGGAGCUGGGUUUCCUGUCCCAGUUGGAGAUCGACUACAUCAGCCGGAGUGGAGCUGCCAGGCUGCCGAGCCCCACGGCGGAGCUCCGCGAAAGGGGCAACCGCCAGAGCUACUGCGAGGGGGACGAGGUGUCGGAGCUGACCUCGGCCACGUACUUCCCCGUGCAGACGGACUCGGAGGCGCCGCUCCUCGACCUGGGCUGGUCCAAACCCCCGAGAGCUGUCUGCCUGCCCUCCGAGUCCCAGAUCAUCUUCCAGAGGGAUAGAAGCCACAGCAUCAAGGACACCAUCCGGAGCCUGCUGAACAAAGCCAGGACGCUCAUUGCGAUUGUGAUGGAUUUGUUCACUGACAUAGACAUACUCUGUGAUUUGCUGGAAGCUUCCAACAAACGAAAAGUCCCUGUCUACCUACUGCUGGAUGAAAGUAACCUGGAGCAUUUUAUAUCAAUGUGCGAUGAACUCGACAUCCAAAAGGAACACAUUAAGAACAUGCGGAUCCGGAGUGUGGUGGGAGACACCUACUGUACAAAGUCCGGGAAGAAGUUUAAUGGUCAGGUCCUGGAAAAGUUCCUGAUAAUUGACCUGGAGAAGGUGGUGGCUGGUUCAUACAGUUUUACCUGGCUCUCAGGACAGGUGAACUUCAACUUUGUCAUGUUACUGACGGGAGAGCUGACCCAAGAAUUCGAUGAUGAAUUUCGCUGCCUUUAUGCUAUGUCAAAACCAAUCGAUCGAUUCUCCUCCUCUGCAGACGAUGACCUUUCUUGCUACACGUCCAAGCUCAGGAUUGCUGCGAACCACCAUUUCGCGAAGGAAAGGCUGGCGGACGUGGCCCACUCCAACCCGUCGAGCAGCUUAUCUGGGAGCAGCCCUCGCAGUAGCGCUCAGGCAGCCACACCCGCGGCUCAGGUGCUGAGGGAACGCAAGCGCACCAGCCCAUGCGCUUCCAACAACGCGACCGCCAUCAACUGGAAAUUCAGAGAGAAUGACAGACUGGGCAAUGGCUGGGCUCCUGACCCACUGACCAGGGCAAGUCCACUGGGCCCCAGACCAAACCACGUACCAGGUUUCCCCUUUGUACUCAACGCUCACCUCGCAGACCUGGCGUUUGGGAACGCGCUGCAAGGUCUUGGGGCCCCAUCCAGAAACAAAAUAUCGAGAGAUGAUUCAGAGGACGAAAGCACCAUCUCCCUGCCAUCACCCCCCGUUUUGCUCAAUCGUGGGGAAUUACUCUACCAAACAGAGGAGGGCGAAGGCUUCAGCAAAGAUCUGUAUGAACCUCCGAAGGAGUUUAUGAGAACGGGAGCGCGAAUGACCCUGGGGCAUAGUAAGCUAGAAAUGAUGAAGGAAUGCAAUGAUAAGGUGAGGGCCAGGAAUACUUUCAGCCGCUUUGAGUUGGUGAAGCACGACUCCUAAGGGUGGCUUUGUCGAACUGGCAGUGAGCCUUCAGAGUAUGGCACGGUCAGCAUGCAAUCCAGUCAUCAAAGUCACCGUGAAGAGCAAUUUCCGACAUGGAGCCACUGCACGGGUCUGCUUUAUGGCAGAGUAGUGUUUCUCUGAGCUGUGUAAAGAUCUGAGAUGCAGGCGUUGGACCUUGGGUGCGAAGGUGGCAAGAGACACUCCGAAACACUGUGCACUGGGAAUGACUUUUGAGAGCUAAAUUACUGAUUGUUCGGUGGCAGGUGAGGACAAAGGCAUCUUUACCCUUGCACAGAGAAGGAGAAUUAUUGUUCAUCUUUAUUUUCCCCCCUAAAGUCUGCUUUGCAGUGUCAGCCACGGCUGAGCAAAAUUUACACAUUCGGUAGGCAUCCCAGCUGAGAAAGACACAGUUGCCUCUUUAUUAGAUAACGUGUGGUUAUUUGAGUUACUGUAGCCUUCCUGUCAGCUUGAACCAGUCCGGCCAUUCUCCUCUGACCUCUCUCAUUAACAAGGUGUUUUCAUCCACAGAACUGCCACUCACUGGAUGUUUUUUGUUUCUCACACCAUUCUCUGUAAACUCCAGAGUCUCUUGUACGUGGAAACCCCAGGAGAUCAGCAGUUCUGAGAUAUUCAAGCCAACAAUUAUUCUUCAGUCAAAGUCACUUCGAUCACAUUUCUUCCCCGUUCUGAUGUUUGAUCUGAACAACAACUGAACCUCGUGGCCAUUCUUGCCUGCUUUUAUACAUGGUAUUAUUGCCACAUGAUUGGCUGAUUAGAGAUUUUGCAUCAAUGAUCAGGUGUACAGGUAGAAAUAUAGAAAACCUACAGCAGAAUACAGGCCCUUCAGCCCACAAAGCUGUGCCGAACAUGUCCUUACCUUAGAACUACCUAGGCUUACUCAUUGCCCUCUAUUUCAUGUACCUAUCCAAGAGUCUCUUAAAAGCCCCUAUUAACCUCCACCACUGUCGCUGGCAGCCCAUUCCACGCACUCACCACUCUCUGCGUAAAAAACUUACCCCUGCCAUCUCCUCUGUACCUACUUCCCAGCACCUUAAACCUGUAUCCUCUUGUGGCAACUAUUUCAGCCCUCUGACUAUCCACACAAUCAAUGCCUCUCUUCAUCUUGUACACCUCUAUCAGGUCACCUCUCAUCCGCCGUCGCUCCAAGGAGAAAAGGCUGAGUUCACUCAACCUGUUUUCAUAAGGCGUGCUCUCCAAUGCAGGCAACAUCCUUGGAAAUUAGUUGUACCUAGUGAAGUGGCCGCUGUGUGUACAUUUUGUUGGAGCACACAAGAAAUGCUAGGGGAACUCAUCAGGUCGGACAGCAUCUGCUGAGGAGAAUCAUCAACGUUUCAGGACAAGACUCUUCAUCAAGACUGGAAAGGAAAGGGCAAGAAGGUGAGGGAGGGGAGUUACCUUUGUCAAACAUUCUGUUGGACUGUGAACUGGCCUCACUUAAGUAGGAAAUACUGUGUUCCAUUAAGAGAUCUCAAAUGUUCAAACAAUAUGCAAAAUUGCUACCAUAUUAAACCAGACUAAUAUUAUCAUAAAUAUUUUCUAAGUUAUUCUUGGGAAGUGGGAGAUGGCGCAGUACCUAUUGUACAGAGAGUUAUUAUAUAUAUAUAUUGUGUAGAAGACAGUGAGAGGCACAGAGAGAGGAUAGCCAGAGACUUUUUCCCAAGGUGGAAAUGGCUAAUAUGAGGCGGCAUACUUUUAAGGUGAUUGGAGGAAAGUAUCAGGGGAUGUCAGAUGAAAGCUCUUUACACAGAGGGUGGUGGGUGCCUGAAAUGCCCUGCCAGGGGUAGCAGCAGAGGCAGAUAUAUUAGGGACAUUUAUCAGACUCUUAGAAAGACACAUGGAUGAUAGAAAAAUGGAGGACUAUGCAGGAGGGAAGGAUUAGAUGGAUCUUAGAGAAGAUCAAAGGAUAGGCAUGAAGGGUGUGUACUAUGCUGUACUGUUCUAUGUUCUGUGAUGUUUUUGGGAGCUUUAUAUUUGCAUUUUGGUUGAUCCAAACACUGGUAAAGUUUGACCGAGGUCAUGAAAUGUGCAUACAGAAAUACCACGACUUGUAUUUCUAACAUUUAUCAGCCUAAUCCUGUACAUAGUGUCAAAUCUGUAAUCUUACAACAGAUCUGGUUGACGUUAAAAUCUCCCACGGUUCACAAACAUGAUAUAAUUCUGUUCUGAAUUUCAAGCUGUAAUCCAAUAUUCUUUUGCACAUUAGUUCUUUGUCACUCUUUGUUUACUUUUAGUUUUUUUAUAGCUCUAUCACAUUUCUUUAUUUUUUUUUAAAUGUACAGGAAAAUGAAUCUCAA